CCUUCCUAGCCCGCGCGGCCAAGUGUUGAGCAGUCCGCAGCCUCAAGAAAGGAAUGCGAUGUCUUGAGAACCGAGAGUUCCGCCAUCCCUUCCUCAGAUGAAUGAAGGCGAACGAUGGUCGUCCUUCUAGCCGGCCGAGCCAGAGCCAAGGGCAGCCUUUCAGGGGGCCAUCUCAGCGGGCGGACGGGCGACAACGCAGUUCUCGCCGGCCUGCCGAGAGAGCAUCAAGAGGCGGCGGGAAAUGCGGGAAGGGACCUGGCGUGCAAUCGCGGGACUGGGGCGGCCCAUAGCGGCGAAGGAGCGCGCUGCGGGCGCCUCUUCCUGCCCCUCCCAGCAGGGCCGGGACCUGGGCAAGAGCGGGAGAGACAUGGAGGAGGAGGCGGCGGAGAAGGCCGGGGCUGAGCCCAGGAGGCGGAGGAGCCGGCGCCACUCAAGCGGGCGUCGCAGCUCGGAGCGAUCCCCGAGUCCCGGCCGGCUGGAUGUGAGCUCGCCGCGCUUCGACCCGCUGCUGGCGCUGUACUCGGAGCGCACCCCGUUGCCUUACCCGGCCGCGCCCUGCUUCAACAACCUGGCCGAGUACGAGAGCUUCCAGCGCGGCCUGCUUCGCGCCCCGGGUCGCUCGAGAGCAGCCGCCGGCCGCAGCAGCCGCUCCGCCGGGACUCGUACUCGGAGCCGGGCCGGCCGAGCCCCCGCCGAUCCCGAACGCCUCCAGCGGCUCCGCAACCUCAUGCUGGUCAAGGAGCCCAACCCAGAAGCGGCGGAGAGAGCGAGGGCGCGGGGCAGGAAGGCGCCGCGCAACGUCCUCACCAAGAUGCCCCUUCAUGAAGGCAGUCCACUUGGGGAACUCCACCGCUGUGUCCGUGAUGGUGUAAAGGUCAAUGUCCAUAUCCGAACUUUCAAGGGGCUUCGUGGUGUCUGCACUGGAUUCUUGGUUGCAUUUGACAAGUUCUGGAAUAUGGCCCUGACUGAUGUAGACGAGACAUACCGAAAACCAGUGCUGGGUAAAGCUUUCUACGUGGAGCCACAGUUGACCCUCACCAGACUCUUCGACAGACUGAGGUUGCAGGAGUCCUUGGUUAAAAAAGAAGCCGAUUCAAAGAUGACUACGGACUUGCCAGCCCUUCCAUAUGAUCCAAGGACAUCGAGGAGGAAAUCUGAGUCAGGUAGGGGAAGAUCAGAGGAGAAACAUGGAGCAAAGAAGCACGUCAGCAGAGAGAGGACACGAAGCUCUAGUUUGCCGAAAGUUUCUGGGAGAGACAUGGAUUUGCCCAGCAGAAUAUCCCAAGUAGAGGAGAAGAGCAUGGGUGGCAAAAGAGGCCGUUCCCGAAAAAAACAGAGGCCCAGAGUGGAUUAUCAGCAAGUGUUUACACGACACAUAAACCAGAUUUUCAUUCGGGGAGAAAAUGUGCUGCUUGUUCACCUGUCACAUUGAUCUCAUUGACUGAUUCCAGCCACAGCAGCUCAAUGAUGAAAAGAGACAGUAUUUUAACUCUUUUUCCUUUUGGCUAAAAGAGGGAAAGGAUUAUAGACAUAGAGACUUGAGCCAAUUGUCUGUUUGAGUGGACUGGAAUUUAUCUACAGCUGAUGCGAUGUCUCCCAAAACAGAUGCCCUAAACUUUGGGAGAUGCACAGGCUGUGUGGCUUUCAAAAUUGUACAGCUUGGAUGUGGAGUGACUUUCCUUAUACAGUAAAUAUUUAAAUUCUGCAGUAUAUACAGCUGGCUAAGUGGGUCUGGAAAAGCCACAUGGUCAUGACACUGAUGAUACUUGAUACAUGAUACUUCGAUGAGAAAUGUGAAUUAAGAGACAGAAUGCUGUAAGCUUGUGAAAAGGAGCUACAGCUGUAGGAAUUAGCUUGCUUGAAGCCAUCUCUCUCUUCUCCGUACACUAUGCAUAGGGGCCCUCAAAGGACUGGUCCAGCUUUGCAUUGCUCCUAAAGGAGUCCCAUUCUCCAAAAACGAAUGGAAAGAAAAAGGAGUUUGCAUUGCAACUAAUGUAAUUUUUUAAAAAAACUUUCCUCGCCAGUUCAUCUUUUCUUUUUUCUUUUUCAGUGACUGAAAGCAGCCUUUGACCUUUUGUUUGACAUUUAUAAAAACUGAGCCUUCCACCCAAUUUUUCUUUACUUGUUUUCCUACCCAUUUCUACCUGCAAGACAAUAUGUGUGGCUUCUCUGGCUUGAGCUUGCUUCGGUGUAUUUUUCAACAAUCCAGAAAUUGUAGCUUUUUUCCCAUCCAUUUUUGUGUCUUUAACAAUGAAGACUAAGAUAUACAUAUGCGGUUUAGAAAAAAGAAAAUGUUGAAUGUAUGCUUGGUGUUGCUAUCUGCUAUCUGGUGGCUUUGGGAAACUGAUUUCCCCGCAACUCUUAGUAACUACAGAAAAUACUUGGUUUGCAAUAUCUACUAGGAGUUUUCCAAUUAUUUUUUGACUCUCAGUGAUCCUUUUCAAAUGCUGCUUGUUCUUGAGAAGGAUGUUUAAAACUGCUGAAAAGAAUGCAUGAUGAUUUUUCAAAAAAAAAAUGGUGCUAUUCACAGCACCUCUGUAUCUUUCAACAUCUGUCAGAAUGGUGCAAGAUGUAACAAUGCAUGCAUAUGGACCAUGUCAUGAAAAUGUUUAGGGCACUAUAAAAUAGCAAUUCUGCUUAUGGGGAAUGUGUAAAACACAUCAGUAGCGAGAGAAGAUUCCCUUAAGUAGGAGAAAUGCCAUAAGGUCUUUUACAAUUUUAUUAAAAUAGAAUUCCAAAGCAUCUAUAAAAGCAUAAUUAAUACAAUACAUUUGGUGAGUCAUUCUGCAUUUCUAAAAUAACUAGAAAAAUCUAAUGACUGAGUUGCAUUAUGCAAAGGUCAAUUGUGAUAUAUUUUUGUCUGAAUGGCAAAACCAAGUGCAUUUUGUCUAAUAUUCUCCAGAGAGUAAAAAUCAAGCAUUUGAGGGAGGGAGAAAUCUUAUCAGAUUUUUUUUUUUUUUUACAGAUAAUAUUUUGGGGUAUCAGAAGCAUAUUAGAAAGCACGCAGCUUUGCUGUUGCAUGUGAUGCUUAUCUUGGAAGCAAAACAGGCAAUUAAAAGAAAGCCUCAUUACUCAUUUCUCAACACUUUCCUGGGGUGGCAAAGCCUUUAGCCACCAUUCCACCGGCAACUAAUGGAAAACCAAUUUUCUUUUGGGAUGCUGGAGCCUUGAAUUGCAUGAUAAUAAUUACACAAAAUAGGGAAGCCCAUGGAAGACAUUUUCCUGACUCGCAUCAAGCCAUCUCUUUUGGAGUGCUCAAAAAAGAUAAAAAUAAUCAUGAAAAGCGAUUUUCAAUGCAAAUGCAUGAGGAGAAAGUUGAGUGGCUCCCACUCUCAAGUCUUACUUUAAUUUAGGUUAAAGUGUGACAAUGUGUGUAACAUUUAAUUUUCCCCAGUAUUGAAUAACUCAAAACAUCAAAUUUUAUUUCAUCAGUGUAAUUGGGUGCAUAGUAGUAAAUAUGGUAAUAGUCAAGGAAAGGAGCUAGGAAGCAAUAUGUGUAGGAUGCAAGCAAAGUUUUGUGUAGUUAUAUUUGUUUUAACAAAAAUGGGAAUAUAUAUGCAAAAUGUGUGUCUUCCAUAGUUUGUUUCUUUGCUAUUCUAUGUUUUUUUUAAAAAAAUCAGUACAUGUUUCGAUGUGAGAUAGCUUCAGUUUCUGCAGCAACCUCUAGUUUCUGAUGUGACUUUCUCCAGCCUCUUUGUAAUGUAUAACAUCGCGAGGUAUCUUUCCAAAAUAGUCUUCUCCGGUGCCUUCAGAUAUAUUUCCUAGGACAUGCAUCUACACCUAGUUAGAGUCGGUUCACAAGUGUCCAGUAGAAGCUUCAGUGAUAUCAUGCGUAACAUUACAUCGUCCACUCCCUGUGGACUCUUUAUUGUAAGAGUCUUAUGCAGUGGUGAAAUGUAAAAUUUGUUACUACCAGUUCUGUGGGCGUGGCUUGGUGGAGGGGUUAUAUGACUAAGUGGGCGUGGCCAACUUGUUUUUACUUUUAAAACCAUUUUUUCUACAACUUCUUCAGCUGAAGAGGUUGUAAAAAAAAUGCUUUUAAAGCCUCUGACGAUCCCAGCUGACUUGCCUGAUUGGCAGAAGCUUUUUUUUUUUAAAGCCUCUGACGAUCCCAGCUGACUUGCCUGAUCGGCAGAGGCUUUUUUUCCUUUUAAAAACAUUUUUUCUAUAACCUCUUCAGCCGAAGAGGUUAUAGAAAAAAUGCUUUUAAAAGCUUCUGAUGAUCCCAGCUGAGCCGCACGAUCAUCAGAGGCUUUUUUUUUACCUUUAAAAGCAUUUUUUUUGGCCAAAGAGAUUGUAGAAAAAAUGCUUUUAAAUUUUUUUUAAAAAGCCUCUGAUGGUUGCGCGGCUCAGCUGGGCAAUGGGGGGAGGCAGGGAUUUUUGCUACCGGUUCUCCGAACUACUCGCCUCCAUUGCUACCGGAUCAGGCGAUCCGAUCCAAACCAGGAGCAUUUCACCCCUGUUCUUAUGGCUGAAUCCAUGUUUGAUAUCAAUUUUGACUUCUCUUGGAUAACCACAAAGUUUCACUAUUCCUCAGGAGUUCUUUAACUCACUCGAUUACUCUUUGAAAAUCCCAAUUUUUUUCCUUCUUUUUUGAACAUUGGUGCCAUAUGUCUUCUGGAAUUUUGGACAGAUUCAUUUAGUUCAGCAAUAGGGUCAAAAAGCUAGUAUUAGAAUGGAUUAUUUAAAUUUAGUUGUAUGGUUUUCCAUUAAUGAGACAUUUUCAUGCUUGAACCAAAUAUACUUAUAUAUUAAUUACAAGGCAUUCUCCCUUUUUCUUUCCUCUUCGACAUCAAACGAUGAAUAUACACUUCAGUGUUUUGAUUCAGUUUACCUGCUUGCUUCAUUCUCAGCUCUUCAUUUUGAUUUAAAAAACAACUAAUUUUAAUAUUUUCUCCUAGUAUUUUGUUUAAUUAAUGAAAGCCAAACUUUCUUGGUGCAUCCAUAUUUGUAAACUAGAAUACUGUUUGCAGAUUGAUUUUAUAUGUAUCACUAUUUGUCACUUCUUCUUCUUCUUCUUUUGUUUUCUACAAUAUUCUGUCAGUUAUUUAAGGGCAGAAGUUUCUUACCAGAGUCAUGUUCCCUUAUUGGAACUUAAUUUCAAAAGAUCAGAAUAUCUCUCUGAUUUCCUUUUGCUGCUUUUUCUUCAUGUAGCUUCUAAAGUGCCAUUUACUGAAAUAGAAGUGAUCCAGGAUUCACCUUAUUCCUUGACCUUUGUUUCUGUGAAAAUACUAUAUGUCACUAAUAAUUCUAAGUCAUCCUUAUUUUUAAAUCAUAUUAAUCUUAAUUAGCUUGUUGGCAGUUGUUACUUGAAAACUUCUAGGUGCUAAGCUUAAUUUCCAAGGCGUUACUUCUCAUAUACCAAUAUAAAAUGUAUUUGGAAACAGCCUGUCUUCCUUUAUGCCCUCGAUCCAUAGUAGUUUACCUCAGGACGUCUUAAUUCAUUUCUGCAGAAAUGUGUUUGCCAGAAUGGAACAUGUACUACCAAAACAUAGCUUUAAAAAAUCUUUAAAAGCUACCAAGGCAUAGUUUAAUAGCCAGUAGAGAUAAGCAUAAAAACUUGAAAAAGAAAGUUUGAGACUAGAGGCCAUGCAGAUACCAUGGGUGGAUUACUUAGCUGUGAGAAAAAGCAUUAAUAUUUUGAUUGCUUUGUUGGACAGUCCAUAAUUUACGAAUGGAGUUCAACCAAAAAAGAAAAAGCAAGCAAAACUGAAAUAGAAAAAAACCCUUACCUUCAAAUGUGGAAUACUUAGCCAAACUGGCUCUCCUGUUUUCUUAAAACUCACGUUGUCUGUUGGCAAAAACUAAGAAUGAUUUUAAAUAUAAGUUCCAUUUGGACAGUGUUUAAAAAUGCUUCUCUGUGACCACAUGCUACUUGUUAAAUUUAUCAUUAUAUCAACUGGAUAAUGUGUGAGUUGUUUAGCUGUUUACAGGAAUUUUCCACCAGUGAUAUGAAAUAAGUUGUGGAGGACAGUGUUCUUCUUCACACACACUCCACUUCUCCUCCUCCUCCUCCUCCUCCUCCUCCUCCUCCUCCUCCUCCAACAACAACAACAACAACAACAACAACAACAACAACAACAACAACAACAAUGUUCCUUCCAUUUUCUGUUCAGAGAAGCUACAUUUAACCUCUGUCAUACUAUGCAACUAUUCCCUUUUAUGAAGACAUGAAGAGUUGGUCAUCCUAUGUAACAGCAGACAUAUUGGCUCUCAUUGGAUAGGAUUUUUGGACAUUGAUAUGAAGAGUGUCUGUUACUAGCACAUCUUAAAACAACCUCCUUCUCUUGAAGAUUUUCUGUCACUUUGAGCUCCGAACAUUUAGUCAAUGGUGCAAAGAUGGAUAUUUACAGCUUUGUUGAUAAUAAUUUAUUGUAUGUCAGUCAACAAUUCAUUUCUCACUUCACAUGGCUCAUGCUGUCAAAGAUUUUCAUUUCUGGUUUCACAGAAACCCCAUUGGGGCUGAAGAUGAAUUUAAUUUUUGUUCAGGAGAAGAAAUACCCCAGUGCCUUGGUGAAGCUAUUCCACAAAGUGAAUGACAGAAGUUUAGUUUGGUGAAGAGUUAAGUAUAAAAAAACUUGUUUUUUCCUAAUCCAUGCAAAUGUUUCAGGAGAAUCUGAAAAGACCGUCUCCUCAGCUGACAAGACAUGAAGCCUGUCACAAAAGACAGAAAAGAAAUGCCGUGUCUGACUUUUGAUUUCUCCAUUUUUAGAGUAAAGUGCAGGCACGUUGGCACAUUUUCUCCUUGACAAUUCCCUGUCAAUAGAACCUACUUAUCCCACUUCUAUUGGGGUCAUUAGAAAUGACAAAGCUUUGGGCUGAUGGUUCAUGCGCAUCCUCAAUUUCAAAGCCUGAUGUUAGAGAAAUGAAUCGUUGACAUGACUCAUAUUUUUAACUAAUGUUAUUCUCGCAGUUCCUCCAUUGAAUCUUGGGGACUCUGGUGUGUAGCUAUGCAGUGCAAUUUGAAAUACAGUUCCCAUGGUCCUUGGCUUGAGAUGACUGGCUCUGAUUCCUUCCAUGUUUGUAAUGCAUAUAGGACUUGAUUUUCUUUCUCUGCUUGUUCUUUUUUUUUUUUUUUUGUAUCUCCAGAUGUUUCUCUUUUGUCAAAUGAGACACUCUUGGCACAUCUGAAGGACACGUGUCACAUUCAGUAUAAACUCGGACAGAGCCUGCAUGGCGCAGAUGCCCCAACCUUCUGACUUUGGUUUUAACAGUUGGGAAAAGUUACCGCUAACCUACAUAUGCUAUGUGAGCAAGGCAAAAACGCCAAUCAGCUGCCAGUCUGUGCUUUGGCCCUGCAAAUACUUGUUUAAAAAAUGUGCAAAUGGCCUCUAGUCUCUUUUCUUAAGGAUUGUAUUUCCAAGAAGGAGUUGUUGCUUGAACCCCUGCAAUGUAUGUACAUGUAUGAUGUGUCUUUAAAAAAAAAUAAUGCUUGAAGAUGUUAAGCGUCUGUACCAGGAGUUCAGUCUCCAAGGCAAUAAAUGUCUAACUGUAAUUAUAA